AUGGUCAUCGUAAGUAAUAAUUUCAUAGAUUUCACACGCUUUUCCACAUUCAACAGACUGGUGCGGACGACAGCUUGGGUUCUCCACUUUAUCGGUCUUUGCCGCCAUCGCAACUCAGCCGAGCGUCGCUAUGGGCUGACAGCAGUUGACGUCGAAGCAGCGAAAUUACUUUUAUGCCGUCUAGUACAAAAUGAGCAUUUUGGUCCAGAGAUUCAGCAACUUAAAGAAGGGCGAGAUGUCGCACGCUACAGCUCACUACGCCAACUCUCGCCGUAUAUCGAUGAGGAAGGUACUCUUCGCGUUCAUGGACGCAUUGAUUCAGCCAGCUGGCUUCCAAUGAGUACAAGACGCCCUAUCAUUUUGCCGCCUAAGCACGCUUUAACCAAGCUGGUCGUAGCUCACCACCACAAGCUGAUGCGCCACCAGAACACCGAGGCUACAAUUUGCGCCGUACGUCAAACAUACUGGGUACCUCGACUACGUAGCCUGUUACGAAGCGUUAUUUCCAGCUGUCAAGUGUGCCGCCUCAAUAAAGCUGCCCCAGUCGCGCCACUAAUGGGGCCUCUGCCAGUCGAUAGGCUUACCGCGUACGUGAGGCCAUUCAGUUACACGGGCCUGGACUACUUCGGGCCGCUCACAGUAACAGUUCGCCGAAGCACUGAAAAGAGAUGGGUGGCGCUCUUCACCUGCCUCACUGUGCGUGCCGUCCACCUGGAACUAGCCCACGAUCUGAGCACAGAUUCGUGUAUAAUUGCAAUCCGCAAUUUUAUCAAUCGGCGCGGAGUACCAGUUCGAAUAAGGUCCGACAACGGCAAGAACUUUGUCGGGGCAAACAAUGAAGCUACGCGCUUCAAUGAAGUUUUUGAUUGUCAGCGCGUGCAGGAUGAACUAACGCAAAGAGGCGUCGACUGGGUGUUCAACGCGCCCUUCAAUCCUGCCGAAGGUGGUGCCUGGGAAAGGAUGGUGCAGUCGGUCAAGCGAGUACUGCGUCACACGCUUAAAGAAGUAGCGCCCCGAGAACACACCCUCAAUUGCUUCCUCAUCGAGGCGGAAAACGUCAUAAAUUCGCGCCCACUAACGCAUCUGCCUAUCUCCGUUAACCAGGAGCAGCCGUUGACUCCGAACGACUUUCUGCUGGGAGCUCCUAACAUAGCACCGACGCCGAUCACCACAGAAGUCCUAGAGGGCACGUUCGUCUUGCGCCAACAGUGGCGCGUCGCGCGCCAAUUAAGGGAUCACUUCUGGAAGCGGUGGAUAUCCGAGUAUCUGCCCACAUUGACGCGGCGAGUUAAGUGGUGUGAGAAAACUACGCCGGUAAAGGAGGGCGAUAUAGUUUUUAUUUGCGACCCUAACGUGCCGCGGAGGGAAUGGUGUCGUGGCAAAGUGGAGCAACUGUAUCCUGGACGCGAUGGCGAAAUCAGGCAUGUAGAUGUCCGAACCGCCGCCGGAAUUAAACGGCGUGCUGUUUCCAAGCUUGCUAUCUUGGACGUGGAAGACGGUGAAUCGGACCGAUUCACGGGGGCGGGGAUGUCGCAGCACGCCCUUUCUACGGUAUAA